AUAGUAAAAUUAAUUAAUAUUAAAAUUUAGGAGCCUUUUCAAGAUUCACUUUUCCUUUGUAUAUGUUUACAAAAUCAGAAAUGGCUCUUACACAACCAAAAGAAAAAUAAAAACAUGGCCAAUACAAUGUCCAACCACAACGCUCCACAGCCGCCCAGAUCGCUAGUGAAGCAACACUCGUGGUCGCCAGACAUGAAUCGCGACCAAGCUUGGCUUCGUAAGAAAAAGAAACCGCCUAUGGAUCUCAUUCGUCGCAGCAAGAGUGUCACGAACGACGAUAUCGAAGAGCUUAAAGGCUGUUUCGAACUUGGGUUUGGGUUUGAGACAGAAUCACCUGAUUUGAAUCCAAGGCUCUCUCAUACAAUACCCGCUCUCGAUUUAUACUGCGCGGUUCGUAGACAAUACAGCAACCAUUUGUCUCGGACAUCUUCAUUCGCGUCCGAACAUGAGGGUAGUAACAACUCCAACAGCACCACGACCAUUGUGGACAAAGGUGAUGAUAAGAAGACGAUGAAGCAGAAGCUGAAACAAUGGGCUAAGGUGGUCGGGUUCUCGGUGAGACACUCCUCCGGGAAACAAUAGUUUUUGUAAUAUAAUGUUUUAACAAACUCUAAAAUGUUAUGUAUUUGAAAUGUUAGUGGGUAAGACACAAAGUGAGUUUAUUUGAACCAAUUAAAUACAAAAUUAUCGAUUGUUAUGACU